UCACAGCGUGACAAACUUUUUAGUGCGUGACAUCCCUCUCAGUGCCGUAUAAAGACGGAGGAACGCAAAAACAGAUUACAAACCGCCUGCUGUCUGUUGAGAGGGUAUCCUUACGACUAACUUUACCUAAGCCAUCCGAAAAUGUCUUGCUCUUUUGAGAACAUCCAUUGUGUCAGUCCUUCCAUCAAUGGAUACAAAUUUGACACUGCCAAUCGCAAGAAAGCGGUGGCCAACAUAUUCGAAAAUGUCAACCAAGAUGUCCUGCUCAAACUUUUUGUGAGGUCCGGGGACAUCAAAGCGAUGGAGAGAGUGAGGAGCAUCUUCGGCUUCUACCAAGACCCCGAGGGAACAGCUAAAGCGCUGAUGGCGCUUCAAGAGGAAAGGAAGUUCUUCCAUAUCACAGGGCUGACUAGGCAGUCCAUGAAGUUUCAUUGACUUUUGCCUGCUGUUUCUGGCUCAUAUAAAGUAAACAGCCUAAAGCUAUGCUCCGGUGUGAGUGGAUGCCGAUAACUGCCUUGCAGUGACAGGGAAUGAUGCGGCAGCAUGGGAUCCUGCUGCGCCACGGUUUGGCUGCAAUGGUGGAUGUAUGUGUAAUCGAGUUGCUCCUCUGUGAAAACUGAUCUGUCAAGGAGUCCAGAGAAAACAGGAUGGAUGCAGCUCCGAAUGCAAAUAUGCAUGCGAUGUGAAAGACUGCUUUUGUCCGCCGAAGUGCCGCUUCAAUAGCUGGACUGCUAGUUGACCAGUACUUUUGAGAUACUGUAAAGGCACUUCUAUGUCGACGUGAUUUGUGGAACUGCUCGAGCUGACAACGGCUGGAGCUGACCACGGAGUUAUUAAAUAUGCACUUUCAACAGAGCUGUGUGAAAUUAUGUCUUGACGAAGUUCUUCUAUUAAAUGAAUAUUUUACAUA